AUGGCGGGCGGCGGAGCCGGGGACCUGGGCCGGGGGGCGGCCGCCGCCGCCGCCGAGGCCCCCGAGGCCCGCGAGCACCUCUUCAAGGUGCUGGUCAUCGGCGAGCUGGGCGUGGGCAAGACCAGCAUCAUCAAGCGCUACGUGCACCAGCUCUUCUCCCAGCACUACCGGGCCACCAUCGGCGUGGACUUCGCGCUCAAGGUCCUCCACUGGGACGGCCGCACGCUGGUGCGCCUGCAGCUGUGGGACAUCGCGGGGCAGGAGCGGUUUGGCAACAUGACCCGAGUCUACUAUAAAGAAGCUGUUGGUGCUUUUGUAGUCUUUGAUAUAUCGAGAGGUUCCACAUUUGAGGCCGUCUUAAAAUGGAAAAGUGACCUGGACAGUAAAGUUCAUCUUCCAAAUGGUAGCCCUAUCCCUGCUGUUCUCUUAGCUAAUAAAUGUGACCAGAAAAAGGAAGGUGGCCAGAGUCCUGCCCAGAUGGACCAGUUCUGCAAAGAACAUGGCUUCACGGGAUGGUUUGAAACCUCUGCUAAGGACAACAUUAACAUAGAGGAAGCAGCCCGGUUCCUGGUAGAGAACAUCCUCAUGAACCACCAAAGCUUUCCCAGUGAAGACAACGAUGGGGACAAAAUUAAGCUGCACCAGGAGGCCUUGCCAGCAGAGAGCAAAUCGCAGUGUUGCUGA